UGCUCGGCAGAAUUUACUGGAGUCGUACAUGGUGAGCUGAUCUUUCUCUCAGCAAUAAAUAUAUUUUUCUUCAUUGCUGCAUUUCUGGGGAACACUCUGAUCUUAGUUGCCUUACACAAAGAAUCUUCUCUUCAUCCGGCGUCCAAACUCCUGUAUCGUAACCUCGCGAUAACUGAUCUGUGUGUUGGUAUCAUUGUGGAGCCUCUGCAGGUUGUUUCUUGGAUUUCGAUGCUGAACGAAAAAUGGAAUAUUUGCUAUUACGCAAAAUUAACAAAUUUUAUGUCAGGUUUACUUCUAUGUGUGGUUUCU